CAAAGAAAAAAUUGUCAAAGGAUUUAAUAAAAUUUCCGAUUCUCUCUAGUGAUGCAACCUUAUUAGGCCCGGUUUCACCAACAUGUAUAAGUCUUAGUACAAGAAUAAAUCGUUAAUUACUCUCGAGUAUAUCCAUUUUACGUUUCACCAACAUUUAAACUAAUGAUAAAACCUCUAUACUAGAAUAAGGUCAUAUACCGCCAAUUUCGGUCAUAUAAGCUGCUAAUCUUUGGUUAGAAGUGUCACUGUCAAGUCAGUUCAUCGCAUUUAAAAAAUGGCGCGCCGUUUGUAUGCAUUAAUAAAUGAAACCGAUAGCGAAGAUGAUGAUUAUUUUUGUCCUCGUCCACGGUGGUUUAAGGAAAGGGCUAAUUAUUUUGAAGAGUACGACGAACACGAUUUUGUGAUAAGAUUUCGCUUAUCCAAGGAGGCAACAUUAAGUUUACUGGCAAAAAUCGAGCACCGCUUGGAGUAUACAUCAGAUAGAAAUAAGCCAAUAUCGCCUGUCAAUCAAUUAUUAGCUACAUUAAGAUUUUACGCAACAAAUAAUACCCAAAUGAGCAUUGGUGACUUUGUCGGUAUCAGUACACCAACGUCACACAGAGUUAUUCACCAAGUCAGUGCAGCAAUAGCAUCGUUGCACAAAGAGUAUAUCCGAUUUCCAACAACACGCGAGGAAAUACGAAAAGAACAGGAUUCAUUCUUUCAAAUCGCUAGAUUUCCGCGAGUCAUUGGUGCAAUGGAUUGUACUCAUGUCCGUAUAUCCUCACCAGGUGGAGAUCAUGCAGAACUAUAUCGCAACAGAAAGGGCUACUUUUCCAUCAACGUGCAAACUAUUUGCAAUGCAAACUUGGAGAUCACUGAUAUAGUAGCCCGGUGGCCAGGUUCAUCUCACGACAGCACUAUAUUCAAUAAUAGUUGCAUAAAAAGUAAGUUUGAAACUGGCCAGUAUGGCAAUGCUUUGCUGUUAGUAGAUGGUGGGUAUGCUUCCACUUCGUACAUGAUGACGCCUUUAGAGAACCCUAGGACUCCAGUGGAACAACUCUAUAACGAGUCACAAAUACGGACUCGUAAUCCUGUUGAAAGGUCAUACGGGAUCUGGAAGAAACGGUUUCCUGCAUUGGCCUUAGGGCUUCGCACUAAGCUGGACAAGUCUUUGACUAUUAUUGUAGCCACUGCCGUGUUGCAUAAUAUGUUGAUGCAACGAGGUGAAGUCAAUCCCAUUGAUGAUCCCGCACUACAACUUCCAGCUCCAUGGGAUGAACUUUUACACCAUGGUCAGAUAACUCAGCAACCACAACAUCCACAACAAUACAUCAGGCCCAAUUCAGUGCGAGAUGCUAUCAUUAAUAAUUAUUUUCAAAGUAUAUUGUAACCAAUAAAACAAAUUUUAUAAGCAAUAAAUAUUUAUUUGCGUUUUUUUUGUCUCAACUCUAAAAGUAGCAACCUAGUUUUAAUUUUUUCUUGUUUUAAAAUUUCUUGUUGUAUAUCCAUUUGGAUUUCAAACAAUUUUUUAGCUUCUUCUCUCUCAUUAGCUGCAUGCUCGAUUUGGACAUUAAUAGCCUUCCCCUUCAACUCCUGCAAGUUUUCAAGAGAGGCUCUCGUAAGUUGCGGCCGCCUUUUCGACAUCCAUUCAAGUCGUUUUCCUGAAUAAGGCCUUUUUUUGCCUGAAGGUUUGAAUUGUUCUGAAACAGGCGUUUUUAGACAGUUUGGAGUGUAAUCGCCCCAAUCCUAAAAAA